CACAAGUGGCGCUUUAUCCACCCUGUCCCGCUUUGGGUAAGAGGAAACCCCUAACUGCCCCUGCUCGGCCAGCGUCACCCUCUUUUUCCUCCCGCUGCAUUUUCGCUCCCACCCGACGGACCUGAAAUGGCAGCAUCCUCGCCGCAGAAACCACGCGGGCCGCGUCCAACGCUGGCUCUUGCGUUGCUUCUCAUCGCCUCGCUGCUGAACGCGGGGCUCGCGGCGGGGGAUGACGCGCAGCACGUUGUCAUGCCGACGUUGCCAACACCAACGGUGCCGACGACUCCGCAAGGAGACACGGGUGCGAUUACGUCGAACGCUGCUGAGGGAGAUGAGACGGUGGCCCCAACCGACGCCCCCCUUUCCAAUACGACCGAAGAGCCCAAAGCAGCAUCGGCGACGGCAACGGAAGCGGCCGGAACCAGAAACACAGAACCGGUCACAGUCAAGGAUCAUGCCAAGACCUCGGCGCCCCCCCUGCCCGCCAGGGGCGACGGCCCCAACAACAUUCCGCGGCUGGCGCCACAGGUUGACGUCGUAUGCGUCAGCAAAGAGGCCGUCAAGGACAAGAACGCAGUCAAUCUGAAGCUGAAGGCCUCCUCCACCUGUAAAGACACCAAAGAGAAGAUCGGAAGUGUUCUGCAGGAGCUGUGCGGCGAUGGCUGUAAGCUUGAUAUCUACCAAGAGGACGACUCCGACCAAAUCAUUGUGUCGGGAAAAUACGUUGAAGAGGAUGUUGCCGGCAUGGCUGACAGGUUCAACAACGACAACAUCAAAGAUAAGACCGACGUGCAGGAGGCCGUGCCGCGCUGGGGGAGGGAGGAAGAAGGGGGGAAGAACUCUAAGCUGGUGCUGGUUUCCUUGCUGCUGACCGGCCUGUUGCUGGCUGCCCUGCUGGUGGCCGGUUAUUACUUCAAGACCCACCGCAGGACCUCCAAGGGCAUCAGACUGGCCGAAUCCUUCCAGGUGGACGAGGAGAACCAGGCCAACACGCUGGUGUCCGUGGCUCCUUUACCCCAAGAGCCCCACGACAAGCCCACCGCCAUCGGGGAGACCCCUCCGGAGAACGGGACCAGCGCCGCCCCCGCCACCAACGGACACUCUGCCACCCAGACGCCAGUGGCCGACACGGAGAUGUAAGCCGUAACCGCCCCGCCCGCCCACCCCCUUUUCUCCUUCUGACCUCCCGUUUUCACCAAUCAACCCCCCUCCCCCCCGGGUCACACUACCCAGAAGGCCCCUCUGCUUCCUCAGAGACAAACGGAGACCAAUUCGACACGAAGCCUCCACAUACCCCCGCCCUUCACCCCCCCCCCCCACCUCUCUGGACGACGAUGACGAUAAUGACAAUGCCUGUAAUGUGAAUAACUUGGGAUCGCUGGCCUUUGCUGGUGCCCACCAGAAGCACGCCGUGUUUGGGACCGACACUGCUGACCGGGAUUUGUGAGCCUCCACUUCAGUCCGGUUGUAACAAUCAUUGUGCACGAAAUCGCGCCAAAUGUGGUGCUGUGGAUUUCUGGAGCGGCAGCAGCAAAUGAUCCAUCUGUAUCCAAAGUUGGGAGCAGAGCAGCGAUGGGACUGACGUUGCUAUUGGUCACUAUUUGAUUUGUGAAAUGUUUGUUUUUGCCUGACCUUUGCCUGAAUUGGGAGACGGGUAGACACGAAGCGAACAACAUAAAUCAUAUUUUCGAUUAAAAAAAAUUGCCAAACUGUAAUAAAAAAAAAAAAUGCAAUGUUAAAAAAAAAAAAAAUAA